UUGGGUUUCCGGGUCGGUGGGAGAGCGCUGCCGCUGUCGUCGCGUCCGAGCGCUGCCGCCAUGAACCGCUUCUUCGGCAAAGCGAAGCCCAAGGCGCCUCCGCCGAGCCUCACCGACUGUAUUGGGACGGUGGAUAGCAGAGCUGAGUCAAUUGAUAAGAAAAUCGCUAGACUUGAUGCAGAGCUAGUGAAAUAUAAGGAUCAAAUGAAGAAGAUGAGAGAGGGGCCUGCAAAGAAUACAGUAAAGCAGAAAGCUUUGAGAGUGUUAAAGCAGAAGCGAAUGUAUGAACAACAGCGGGAUAAUCUAUCACAGCAGUCUUUUAAUAUGGAACAAGCUAAUUACACUAUUCAGGCACUCAAGGAUACAAAGACGACGGUUGAUGCAAUGAAACUGGGAGUGAAAGAAAUGAAGAAAGCUUAUAAGCAAGUCAAAAUUGAUCAAAUUGAGGACAUACAAGAUCAGUUAGAGGAUAUGAUGGAAGAAGCCAAUGAAGUUCAGGAAGCACUGAGCCGUAGCUAUGGAACACCAGAGAUUGAUGAAGAUGACUUGGAAGCAGAACUGGAUGCACUAGGGGAUGAAAUUUUAGCUGAUGAAGACAAUUCCUACUUAGAUGAAGCUGCAUCUGCUCCAGCAAUCCCAGAAGGCACUCCUACUGAUACAAAAAACAAAGAUGGUGUCUUGGUGGAUGAAUUUGGGUUGCCCAAGAUCCCUGCUACAUAAAUGUUUAAAAAGCACAGUGGAUAUAGUGAACUACAUUUUACAAAUCAAGAAUUUUUUUAAUUCUGGAAAACUUAUCCUUCCAGUGUAACCUUAAUAUCACUACAUCCUAGUAUGCAAUAUGAAUGGCUGAUGGUGUUUUCUUUCUUUGAAGAAAGUUGUUCUACUACUGACUUUUCUAUUAAUGAAAAAUUUGGCACAGAAUCCUUCAGUGGAAGCAGUCAGUCUAAUAGGUUUUGAUUUCCUGUGUCUCAUGGACAAGUAAUACGUGAGGAGUAAAGGUGGCUGUUUAUAGCUGAGCUCUGUUUUGACUUUUGUAUUAUGGUUCUCUUUCUUGAAACUAAGACUGUAUGUUGCUGCUUACUCUCUGUAAAAUAGCUUCCUUACUUCUAUGCUUAUUUGAUAAAGAAUUAGAUGCAUUUUAAAACUACUUCAGUCUUGAGACUUUUGUGCUAUUGUAUUGUAACCUUCUUGAUAGCUGUAACAAAUGGUAGGGUUAUCAUUAACCCUAUGCAUUCCAUUGUGACAUAAAAUUAUUUAGAUAGCUGAUUCUUGUGUUUUUGGUAAUGAUCUUAAUCUGCCACUUGUUCUCACUGUUACCAGCUGCUUGAGGACAGGCUUAUUCAGAGGUGGAGCCUGGUUCCAAUCCUAAAAAUAUCAUAUAUGCUUCCUUUGCAGUAUCACACUUAAACUGUACUGUUGCUUUGGCCAUGUUUCUCCUCCUGUCAGGAGUUACUCCGCUCAGCAAUAGAAGUCAUGGGGGGGGGGGGGGAGGGGGAAGUAUCUCACAAAAAGAUGAUCAAAGAAAAACUACUGUCUUCCUUCUCUUGAACUCACUGGCCACAAAUACAAGACUGCUGCCAAGCCUCAACUCCAGUGCUGAAGAUCAGUUGUCAAGCCUGGAAAUCAUUCUUAAUUAAAAGGAAAAACGCUUUGUGAGGAUACACUUAGCGUACAAAUGUUUGUAUAGGAACAGCUUUAUUUAACACUAAUAAAGAUAUUUUUUUCCAAA